GGUAUAUACUUAAAAUAAUUGUGUAAGUAGUAAAACAAUACAAAUGCAAACGGGGCAACAACAAAAAAAGUUUUAAACAUUUUGAGUCCCCCCUGCUUUGCCUCAAAGUGUUUUGGUCCACUGGCUGCUCCCUUUACCUCAGUCACCACCGACACACACACAGUCGGUGGCGGGAGAAAACAAAGUUUUCAGUAGUUGUGAAACCUCAAAAGAAACUUUGAGAAGAAGGAUAAUGGAACCGUCUCCAUGCUACACUAAUAAUAGAAACAAAGGGUCUUGCUACACCAUAGACAAUUUUCCAAGACUACCCUCUAAACCGGAAUCUUCUGGACAUUUUGACGGAGGAAACCAAAUAGAAGAUGUCAGGUAAAGCAAUCAGACCGGGCGAGGGUCUGAUGAUGAUGCAGGAGCUCGAAGACCGUCUGAAGGAACAGAUUGAUAAACUAGAGCAUAUCCGCCUCUCUGCUGCUGAGCUGAAAGACAACGUGACUGGGAACACUGGUGAUCUGAACCAGUCUAUUGCUGACCAUCUGGACUGGUUGGGUCAGCUGUCUGAGAGAGUGGAGACCCUUCAGAUGAAUACAUCUGUCUUUGUUCAGAUGAACCCUAAGCCUCGUACCUGGGGCGGGAAGCAGGGCUCCAGACACGCUCCACGGUGGAGCCGGCUCCACAGUCUGGCUGAUGAUGCUCAGUCUGACUAUGGCUGGUCCCCCAACCGAACACGUCGCAACAGCGAUGCUGCCUCUGAGAUGUCCUGCGCCUGGUGAUGUGUCUGUUCCAGUGGAUCAGUGGACUGGUCUUGAAUCAGUGUGUUGGCUGUACCGGGGUUCCGGAUUUGAAUUGCAUAAGUCACGCUAUAUACUAUACUGUAUAGUUGCAUAGGGUGAAACAAUCUGCUAAAUGACCAUGGUAAUACACCCAAUUACAACCAACCAAGCUGCCAAUAAACAUGUUUUAUGUUAUAUCACUGCAUAAAUAUGAAUUGCUAUCCACACAAUGAAUUGUUGCACAUUUCACUGUAGUGGUACAUUUUAAGAAUUAAUGUCUUUCAGUGUGUUUUUAUUUUAUUUAUUUCUUCUUUUGUAGUGCUCUUGUAAAAAAUGUAUAUUGCUAUUAACCAAAAGUUAUCAUUAUUAUUAUUAUUAUUUUUACUGCUGCCAGCUGUACUACAGUAACAUUGUAAGGUUGUUAUGAGAGCCUAGCUGAUCUGAGAGCCCUUACCAGAAUCUUUAGUUAAGCAGAAUUUCUUAAAAUUGUUGCCAACAUUACAUUUUCCUAACCAACAGGUAGGCUAAUCCACAUUGUAGCCUUGUUUAACUAGGAAACUUGAUUUCCUUUGUAUUGAUUUGUUCUUAAAAUACAAGCAUACAUAGCAAACAUAAAUCAACAUAAAUACCUACUCAGCAACGCAUCAUCCCUGGGAACAUCUCUUAGCUGUGGAAUAUUGGCCAUAUACACACCCACUCGUGCCUUAUUGUUUACUUCUACUACGGCUUUCACCCAAUCCGCAUUCAAGAUUCAAACCUCCCAGUUUAUUAUUAGAAUGUAUUAGGAAAAAAAAGUUUUAUAGAAUGAGGAUAAGAAAGCACUUAGGGCGUACAGAAGGUUGACAUCUCCCAAAAUUAUUGGGGAUACAUACAUUGUAGGGGAUUGCUUUUAGAAAGAGAAACAAUUAUGUUUUGCUGUCUUUAAAAAAAUAGGUAACAUCUCGCGCAGAAACAUUUUGGGCGGAGUAAACCUUACAUUUCUUCUCUGUCAAUGGAGUUUUAAAUAAAGCUUUGUAUUUGACAGACGCGUGCGUGUUUCUUACGAUUCAGAGCAAAUAAGGUAGCCUUACAGUGCCAGACGUUGUAAUACCCAGACAGCUAGAUUUAUUUUUGUAUAAAUAGUUAUCUAUCAUUCCCUCCGAAAAUGGCAGAAAGCGACUGGGACACCGUGACUGUCUUGAGGAAGAAGGGUCCGACUGCUGCCCAGGCCAAAUCUAAGCAGGAAUCAUCCAACAUCAAGGCCAUCACAGCAGCGCAGAGACGUGGAGAAGACCUUGAGACUACUAAGAAAUGGUCUGCAGGGCAAAAUAAGCAGCAUCUGGUGACCAAGAACACGGCCAAGCUGGACCGUGAGACGGAGGAGCUGCAGCACCAGAGGGUCUCCCUAGAGGUGGGCAAGGUCAUCCAGCAAGGCCGCCAGAACAAGGGCUUCACCCAGAAAGACCUGGCCACUAAAAUUAACGAGAAGCCUCAAGUCAUCGCAGACUAUGAAUGUGGAAAAGCAAUACCCAACAAUCAAAUCAUGGGAAAGAUUGAGAGAGCAAUCGGUUUGAAACUGCGCGGGAAAGAUAUUGGAGUGCCCCUGGAGGCAAAGUCCAAGAAGAAAUGAGUAUAAAGCCUCGAAAUCAGCCCCCCCCCAAUGUCCCCCAUG